GGAUUUGUAGUUUGAAAACCUAAGCGCCUAGGAAACUAGUCAACGUAUAAAACUACAAGCUUAUCCAGCACAUCAUGAGGCAGCCUGGUACUUGUAGUUUUUUUAAGGGUUUCGCAACCCAAGUUUUUCGUACCAUCGAAGUGGAUUGGGAUGAACUAUAGCUCCCAGAGUUCAGUGGGAACAGUACUAUUUUGAUGAUGAAAUGCCGGAAGAAUGGACAGGACGGUAAAAAACUGAGAUUUAUUUUUAUUUGUGUGAUUAGUGUGUUUACAAAUGACUCUUUUGUAAUCGACUUAGCGAAAGUGAUGGUGCAUCUCAGUUCCUUGGCAAAUUAGCAGGUCUUGAGCGAGACGUAUCUGCACAGAAAUGUCUUUUACUGGAUAAAGAACAAAGCUUGCCCGAUGGCAUCCACGGCUACAGCAAUGGCAGUCCCUGAGAGGAACGUUCCCGCCAUCAUGGCCGCCCUCCCCAGCAGCUCCUCGCUGGCAUCUCAGGUCCACGCAGCCGCAGUCAACGGAGACAGGACUGCCCUGAACAAGCUCAUUGCAGGGACCCCGGCGCUUCGGGAUGCAGAGGACCAGUUUGGCCGCACACCCCUCAUGUACUGUGUGCUGGCUGACCGGCUGGACUGCGCUGAGUCGCUGCUCAAGGCCGGAGCCAAUGUCAACAAGGCCGACCACAGCCAGAGGACCGCCCUGCACCUUGCCGCACAGAAGGGGAAUUACCGUUUCAUGAAGUUGCUCCUGGCACGGAGGGCCAACUGGAUGCAGAAAGACCUGGAGGAGAUGACUCCACUGCACCUGGCUACGCGACACAAGAACCCCAAGUGUCUGGCCCUACUGCUCAAACACAUGGCCCCGGGAGAGGUGGACACACAGGACAAGAACAAGCAAACCAGCCUUCACUGGAGUGCCUAUUACAACAAUCCCGAGCACGUGAAGCUGCUCAUCAAGCACGACUCCAACAUCGGGAUCCCCGACGUCGAGGGCAAGAUCCCCUUGCACUGGGCAGCCAACAACAAGGACCCCAGUGCUGUGCACACCGUCCACUGCAUUCUGGAAGCAGCCCCCACAGAGUCGCUGCUGAACUGGCAGGACUACGAGGGCCGGACCCCCCUGCACUUCGCUGUGGCGGAUGGGAACGAAGCUGUGGUGGACGUGCUGACCUCCUACGAGGGCUGCAACGUGACCUCCUAUGACAAUCUGUUCAGGACCCCUCUGCAUUGGGCAGCUCUGCUAGGCCAUGCUCAGAUUGUGCAUCUGCUGUUGGAGAGGAACAAGCCAGGUACCAUUCCUUCAGACAGCCAGGGUGCCACGCCUCUGCACUACGCGGCUCAGAGCAACUUUGCUGAGACAGUACGGGUGUUCCUGCAGCACCCCUCAGUGAAGGAUGACCCAGACCUAGAGGGCAGGACCGCCUUCAUGUGGGCAGCUGGGAAGGGCAGCGAUGAGGUCAUCAGGACCAUGCUGCACCUCAAGAGCGACAUCGACAUCAACAUGGCGGACAAGUAUGGUGGAACCGCGCUGCAUGCGGCUGCUCUCUCGGGUCACAUGAGCACAGUGAGUCUGCUGCUGGAGCACGGAGCACAGGUAGACUCCAUGGAUGUGAUGAAGCACACGCCGCUGUUCCGCGCCUGCGAGAUGGGACACAGGGACGUCAUCCAGACACUCAUCAAGGGUAAGGCCAGAGUGGACCUGGUAGACCAGGACGGACACUCUCCUCUGCACUGGGCUGCGCUGGGAGGGAACGCAGACGUGUGCCAGACACUGAUUGAGAAUGGCAUCAAUCCCAACAUGCAGGACCUGGCAGGCAGGACACCCUUGCAGUGCGCUGCAUACGGGGGGUACAUCAACUGCAUGGCCGUGCUCAUGGAGAACAAGGCAGACCCCAACAUCCAGGAUAAAGAGGGGAGGACAGCUCUGCACUGGUCCUGUAAUAAUGGCUACUUGGAUGCCGUCAAGCUGCUUCUGGGAUACAGCGCCUUCCCCAAUCAGAUGGAGAACAACGAGGAGAGAUACACCCCUCUGGAUUAUGCCCUGCUAGGGGAGCACCACGAGGUGAUCCACUUCAUGCUGGAGCACGGCGCCCUGUCCAUUGCAGCCAUCCAGGACAUCGCUGCCUCCAAGAUACAGGCCGUGUACAAGGGCUACAAGGUGCGCAAGGCCUUCCAGGAACGCAAGAAUCUGCUCAUGAAGCACGAGCAGCUGCGCAAGGACGCCGCCAAGAAACGAGAGGAAGAGAACAAGCGCAAGGAGGCUGAGCUGCAGAGGGGGAAGCUGAAGCGUGCGGACAGGAAGCCGAGGAUACUGCAGCUGUCAGAAAAUGAGAGGGCCAGAGCAGCUGCUGGGCAGAGCACUCACCCCCUCAGCAAGAAACCAUCACCGGCAAAACCAGAGCCAGGCCCGCCCCGCGCUGCACAGAAGCAGGGUGAGACCCAGAGGAGCAGAGAACGUGGAAGAAGGUCUGCCAAAAGCCAGGAUCAGGAAGCUAAAGAGAGAAGCACAGUCCAGCAGGAUGCCAGUACCCCUGUGGAGCUCGUGUCCAGAGACACUCCUGAAACAGGACCAACACGGAUGCCCAGCUCAUCCAGCGGGGUUUUCAGGAAAACAGCAACUCCCCCCGUAGAACCAGCCAGACCAGCAAGUAAGGGCUUAAACGGCGGGCGCCACUCCCCUGCCGGCUCCAGCAGGCCGGGCAGUGCCAAGCCGGCAUUGACAGUCAACGGACGGGCCUCUGGAGUGACCUCACGAGCCGCGAACACGACUCCAGACAGAGUGCAGCUGACCCCGCUAACCCUACGAUCACCCAAACCCCAGAGUCCAGCCACAGCCAGCCAGGAGACCCCCGGCUCUGAACACAUCCUGCCCCAGGACUCUCUUGCCUCCCAGUCAUGGCCCAGGACCCAGGCUGUGAUGUCUGCAGAGCAGCAGCACCACCCUCGCCAGCACAGUCGCGCGCCAUGGCAGGACUCCAGCAUCGAGCUGGUUCCUCUGGAGGUGCGGCUGCAGGUUGUGGAGAAGGAGAGGAUCAGGAAGGAGCUCUUCAGGAAGAAGAACAAGGCUGCUGCUGUGAUCCAGAGGGCCUGGAGGAGCUUCCAGCUGCGCAGAGAGCUGACCGUUCUACUGGGCAGGUCUGAGAGAGGGGUGGAGCAGGGAACGUGGGAGAAAGACGCAGCUGCUUUCCUUGUCCGGCUGCUCUGGGAGAAGCCCCUGCAUUGCAGCUCUCUGCUCUCGCCUUCCUCCACCCGGAACACCAAGCCCCCCACCCGGGCCAUGUCCGCCAGAACCAGCCGGCACAGCACUUCCGUGCUCAAGAGCAUCUAUGGCAGCUCCCAGAGCAGACAGAGUAAAUUGGUCAGGAACACGACUCUGAGCUCGAGAAAUCCUUCCCAGCUUCUCUUCGACCUGUCAUCCCUCAGCAGCGAGACACACUUAGGCGGCAUGCAGUACGUUCACUUGCUGGAAAACAUUGGGAAGUCAACGCAGUUCUCCUACCACAUGAGGCCAUGCACUUCAGCCAAAAGCAGCAAAUCCAAACUUAAAGAGUGAGAGGCAGUUACACACUGACUGAAACUGAAUAAGAGCAGCUUGCAUGGCAAUACUGAUUUGCUUAAAACAAGAAAACGGACUGGAACUCUUGACAGUGCGACUAGUAAGCUCACAAUAUGCAAGAGAAACACACAUGCAUACUGUAUAUUUUAAUAGAGUAAUAAUCAAGACUUUACUUUUUUUUUUUUUUUUUCUGUCCAACCCUGUAAGCUCACUGAUGAAAGUAUUAGCCAAAAUGUUUUUCUACUUGAGUUCACAUCAGUUUUACCUAAGCUCUUCCCCGGUAAAAGUAUGUAUUUAAUAUUUUAACGAAAACAUGUUUUGUUUUGUUUUUUAAAUAGAUGUGCUUGUAAAAACGUUCUGAAUGUUUACAUUGUAUAUACAAAUCACAAUUAUUUCUGAAAAUGAAAGCAUCAGCCAAAA